AUGGCGGCCCCCCUGCGCAGGAUACCGCGCCUGUCGCGCAUGCCGCGCCCCUCGCGCGCCCUCGCGGCCUCGACGACGCCCUCGGCCGCCUUCUCGACGACGCCCUCGGCCGCCUUCUCGACGACGCCGACGGCCGCCUUCCUGCUGGCGGCGGGCAAGCAGGACAAGAAGAAGCACCAGCAGUUUGUGCGCCGCUGGCAGAAGCGGCUGCUGGGCGAGUCGGAGCCCAUUGGCGCCCACGUCGACCCCUACGACCCAACGUCGCCCGUGCGGAUCGCGCCCGAGGACCAGGGCGAGGAGCUGGAGGUGCUCGACGACGAGGCCAGCGCCGCCUUCCCGCGCUACCAGCAGGCCGAGCACGGGCGCGGGCUGAGGCACGUCGGCGGCGAUGCCUGGCUGGCCACCAAGGACGAGGCCGACAUGGCGCGCGAGUUCGAGAAGCUGGCCCUGCGCACUUACACCCCGCUGACCCUCGACAUGGCCGACGAGAUCGAGGCGCUGACGGGCACCCCGUACACGCUGCGCGACGGGAACCUGCUGCUGGCCCAGACGGUGCACCGCGUCACCGCCCGCCCGUACACGGCGUUCAACUUCGGCCUGAACAAGCGCACCACCGACCCCGUCAAGCUGCGCAAGGCCUUCGCCCAGGCCGUCGCCGAGGUCUUCGCCUUGCACCACGCCGGCCUCGACCUCGACCUCUCCAAGCUGCCCAACCGCGGCGUCUACAAGCGGCCCGCGUGGGUCAAGAACAUCAAGCUCUACCGCACCCACGCCGGCGACUUCGCCCUCGCCUUCCCCAAGCACACCAGCGCCGACCACUUCAUCAACCUCAUCCACGCCACCCCCGAGUACGACGCCGGCGAGCCCGGGCUGCUGCACGCCGACGAGCUGCUGGACGACGACGCCGCCGCCCCGGCCGUUCCCGAGGCCCCGGCCGCCGCGCCCGUCAUGGACCCUGCGACGCCCGAGUACAAGCGCGGCGCCGUCGUGAAGCAGGACGCUGAGAAGACGUUUGACUUCAUGUCGAACCGCCCCGUGCCCCGCCCCGCGCCUGUCGUCGAAGAGGCUCCCGUGGUGGAGCCAGUCGUCCAGGUGGAGCAAGUCGUCCAGGUGGAGCAGGUCGUUUCCGCACAGCCCACACACACCACCUCGUCACCCGCCCCUGCGCGCCACGCCGAGCUCGAGGCCAAAGCGCAGAGCCUCACCGACGCCAUCACCCAGCUCAGGAGCGAAGCUCGUCUGCACAGCGAGCACACGGCCUCGCAGGUUAGCGAAGUCCUCUGGCGCCACGUCCCCCUCACCGACAACGACGUCAAAUUCGCCAUCUUCAAGCGCCUGCUCCAACUCACCGGCACGCGCAUCGCCGACCCCCUCCUCUCCUCCUCCACAACACUCGGCGACCUCUACGGCCACCUCCGCGACGCCGCCAAGCCCGCGCCCACCUCCCUCUUCUCCGCCCUGCACACCGAAGGCCAGCACCUGCGCGAAAAAGCCAAGCAGCAGGCCACCCUCGACGCGAGCCCGAGGAAGCCCCGCGCCGACCUCGGAGACCUGAUCCACCUGGGCAACGUCGAGCUGCGGCGCUCCAAGCCCACACUGACCGAGAAGCGCACCAAGACCGGUAUGGAGAAGGUCGUGCAGUACGCGCUGUGGGAGCGCGGUCUCGACACCAAGGGCAAGCGGGGCAGCAGCGGCAAAGGACGGAGGGACGUCCCCGUUGGCACGCCCCUGAGCCAGCGGAGCGCAAAGUUCUUGAUCGCCCGCACGAGCAGCACAGCAUCGUGA